AUGGGACUUUCGCUCAAGCAGUUAGUCUACAUCUCCUUGGUCACCCCUAAAGCCCACACCACCUUUGGCCGCCACUCCUUGCAGUUCUCAGCUGCAAAUGACUGGAAUGAACUGCAAAAAAACCUGAAACUCAAAGCCCUUAUCCCACUAACUGCCUUUAAAGUACGUCUGUCAGAGCUCCUGUCCGAUUACUCUGAUGACAGUGCUGAAUGGAAGGAGACCAGAGAACCUCAGUCAGCUUUAAACUCGCUGAAACAUGAUUCAACAUGUAAGAAAUCAUUGAGGUGCUCUGAGUGUGGGAAAGUAUUUGGCACCAAGGCUCACCUGAAAAGACACAUGAGAACUCACACAGGAGAAAAACCUUUCAUCUGCUCAGUGUGUAGGAAAUCUUUUACACAGAGUGGAGAUUUACAGAGACACACGAGAAUCCACACAGGAGAGAAAACUUUCAGCUGCUCAGAGUGUGGGAGAAGAUUUGGCCAAAGGGGACAUCUGAAGAGACACAUGAGAACUCAUACAGGAGAAAAACCUUUCAGCUGCUCUGUUUGUGAUCAAAGACUUGGCUGCAAGACACAUCUGAAGACUCACAUGAGAAUCCACACAGGAGAAAAACCUUUCAGCUGCUCAAUCUGUAAGAAAUCUUUUACACAGAGAGGCCAUUUAAAAUCUCACAUGAACCAACACACAGGAGAGAAAACUUUCAGCUGCUCUGAGUGUGGAAAAAGAUUUAGUCAAAACUCAAAUCUGAAGAGUCACAUGAGAACUCAUACAGGAGAGAAACCUUUCAGCUGCUCAGUCUGUAAGAAAUCUUUUACACAGCGUAGCAAUUUAAAAUGUCACAUGAAACAACACACAGGAGAGGAACCGUCUACUUCCUGUGUUAGUGACAUCAGAGAGCAGCAGAAGUGGAGCUCCAGUGUGGACCAGGAGCAGCCAGAGAAUCUCAGCCAGGAGUGUAGCUCCAGUGUGGAUCAGGAUGGAAGUUUAAAAUAUCACAUGAAACAACACACAGGAGAGGAACCGUCUACUUCCUGUGUUAGUGACAUCAGAGAGCAGCAGAAGUGGAGCUCCAGUGGGGACCAGGAGCAGUCAGAGAAUCUCAGCCAGGUUGGAACUCUCUGA